AUGGCUGAGGAUAGUUCUCGGCCCCGAACACUAGGCCAUGGACCGCAGCUCUCGCCUGUCGCAGGGAAAUUAUUGCCGACAAAAUGCAAGGAAAACACACUGGCCUAUUGUCCUACGAUGGACCUUAUUGCCCUAGUGACUGAGGAUGACGAAUUGCACGUCUUUCGCCUCAAUGGGCAGAAAGUCGUCGGAGGCUUGUUUAAAGGAGAUCCGUAUUUGGAUGAAGAUGAUGGCCGCGGUGAGAUUCGAAGGUUGAUGUGGAAAGACAAUGGUGAGCUCAUUACCAGUAUCUGGGAUCCGAAUAACUGGGGUUUAGGUCAUUUUCUUGCUGUCGCUUGCGCGGAUAACACCAUCCGCGUCAUCAGCUCAUACAGUGGCAAAACUGUCCACCAGUAUCCUGCAUAUCAACCGCCGGAUGGCUCUGAUCAGUCUGUUAAAGUGACCUGUCUGGGAUGGGGCGUGAACUUCACCGAUAGUAAGGCUGCACAGCGGAGUCUUCAAGACGGCGCUGGGCAUAUCACCCUUGAGGAUUUGUUGACACCAGAUGUUCAUCCAUCUAAAGUUGCUGCCGUUCUCAAAGCGGACUUACCAAGGGAGCUCGCACUGCUGGACAUUGAAAGUUCGCUACCUAAACUAAGCACUCUACCCGCGACGGGGGGCGAUGAUGAUGUGUUUAGCUCUCGAGCAUCUAUCGAUGCCAUGUUUCGCCCCACGGCAAACACCGGUGAUGCCGUGGAUGUCUUGCUGGUCGGACUGGAUAAUGGGACUGUUCAUUUGCGCAUCUUCGACUGCUUUGAAAUUGGCUCUUUUGAAGUUGGAGGGUCUAUCAAGAACUCCAGCUCAUGCAAAAUUUUCCAACACGCUUCGCAUCCCUUGAGUUCGACACAUGCGUUACUAGCAUCGACGACUCCGACGGAAGAUGCUUCCAGUUAUUUGUAUCUUGUUACAUUGGAUCUUCGUUUUAUUACAAGAUCGGGGAGAUAUCUCUCUCUCCUUGCUUACAAAACAACGCAGCUUCAAAACCUGCUUCGGUAUAUCGGCCAGGUGCAGAGGCAAAUUGAACUUGAGUGGAAAAAUGCCCAGGAGCUGCCUACAAGAUAUAUGCGGAGUAUAAACGAGGAUCUACAGGAGAAAUGUCAUUGCGACUUUGUCACGGCUGCGUAUCACCUAGUCGUCACUGGGGAUUGUUUUGCGCCAUUGAAAGAGUUUUUAGUGGAUAUUGUUGGAGAAAGGGGACAUAAGCGAUGGGAGAAAGCUGUCGCAAGCGGCUACGAAAAUGUGCGCCGCUUGGUACAUGAGUGUCUUCUUCCGGCCUUGGAAAGGUGUCAAGUACAGCUCAGCCGGCUCAUCGGACUUUCCAAAUUCCACAAACUGAGCGAGGUUUUGGGCUUGGAGACAUCUGAUUUGAAUGCAAUCGUUGAGACGAUGGACUGUCUUCAGCUUUUAGCUCACAACAUUCUGAUCCACACUAACGAUGAAAUUGGCCAGUUCAACUCAUUCUCGAGAUGGCUUCGCCAUGAGAUAGACAUGCAAAGCGCAGAGCCAAUGUCGCAGACACUAGAAGAAUUGAUGGAAAAGACAGACAUGAUCGAAUACCCUCAGACCUUGAAAUAUAUCAGAGGAGCUCUAACUAAGAGCAAACUUCGGAAUUAUAUUCAGCAACUACCUAUGGUUGGAGUACCAAAGCCAGCAUCUGCUGCCACGGAUAAAUGGGUGCCUACAGGGCACGACAGAUCCUUCUACGACACUUUCAAGAAAUUACUUGAGCAGCAAAAUCAAUGUCCGGAUGAUGUAGAUCCCGCGAAACUUCCCAAGAUCAAUGAUCUAACUAAGCGCCUAAAGUUGCAAUUUGAGAAGGUCUUUGGACAAAUUGCAUUGACACAACGGAGAGGCAUCCUUCAUCGAUCGCCACUUGCUCUCCACUCCGAUUGUGAUCAGAAUGUAAUAGAUAUGACGAUGCACUAUGAGGAUAUUGAGGACCAGAGUUUGUGUGUGAUAUAUGUGGCCACCCGGUCGACUGAUUCCAUCAGUAAGAUGUAUCUGUAUCGCCUGGUUUUAGAUUCUGCAAAUGGGGUUAGCUCCCCCCGAAGCACUUCCAUAGGGGCUGUCGAUCUGCAAGAAGGAGAUAUUCGUCAGAUCCAGUUCGUGGAGGACAACACUCUUAUGCUGCUUUGGUCUGAUAGUCGAGGGUCCUUCUCUCUUCUGCACUUCACCUUCCAGCCUGUGGCCCCAGGAAAAGUUGAUGCAGCUGCCGAUUCCGUUUCACCUUUGCCCAUUGAGUUUCAUGACUACGAUAGUGGCCAAACCUCACUGAGACCUAUCACAGCCACGACGCUGGAUCUUGCUUCGCCUGGGUCGGCCUCUACAGAGCUCAUUAAGCAUAGAUUCGCCGUGUCUGGACACAAAGGAAAACCGGCUAGGAUCGAGACUAAUGGACGACGCGGCCGUCGGGCGGUCUGCGUGCUGUACAGUGACGCCAUACAGUACGACGUACUGGACCUGGACGCUGAGAUGGCUGAAGAAGAAGAUGAGGAUGACGAUGAGGUGGGUGGUGAAUAG